ACUGGCCUCCUUCCUCUCUGUAGACGUAUAUUAGAAGAGGGAGAGUGAAGAAAUAAUGGCGUUGGAGAAAAUGGAUUCUUCCGUACAGUUGCUGCUUCUUGUGCUUUCGAGUGGAUUGAUGCUUGUCUGCAGGAUUGCUGAAGGGGAUACGCACUACUAUGAUUUUGUUCUCAAGGACACCAAUUUCACAAGGCUGUGUGUCACAAAGACCAUGCUGACUGUAAAUGAGAGCUUCCCAGGGCCAGUGGUUUAUGUUCACACAGGCGAUACGGCUAUUAUCAAUGUUCAGAAUGAAGGGAGUCAUGGGGUCACCAUUCAUUGGCAUGGAGUGAAGCAGCCAAGGAAUCCAUGGUCAGAUGGCCCAGAUCACAUCACGCAGUGCCAGAUUCAACCAGGGACAAGCUUCACACAGAAGGUGAUAUUUGGUGAAGAUCAGGAAGGAACCCUUUGGUGGCAUGCCCAUAGUGACUGGACACGGGCCACUGUGCACGGUGCCAUCGUGGUUUUGCCAGCUGAAGGAACCACCUAUCCAUUUCCCCAGCCUGAUGGCGAAGAAGUUAUUGUAUUGGCAUGUUGGUAUGAUGCAGACCAGAACGCGGAGCUUGAGUAUGACCUGAUCCAUUAUAAUGCUACUACACCCGAAUCCGAUGCUUACACCAUCAAUGGCUUUCCUGGAGAUCUAGUCGCAUGCUCUAGUGAGCCAGCAUACAGUUUGGUUGUGGAUUAUGGCAAGACCUAUCUUCUUCGCAUAGUGAACGCAGCCAUGAAUUCAGAACUCUUCUUUGCUAUUUCUGAGCACAACUUGACAGUCGUUGGCACAGAUGGAACCUACACCAAACCAUUAGUUACCAAUUACUUAAUGAUCACCCCAGGACAAACCAUGGAUGUCUUGAUCACAGCAAACCAAACCCCAAGUUACUAUUACAUGGCUAUAAGACAAUUUGUCACCAUUGACCCAAGUGUACCUGACUUUACCAAUAUGACCGCCACCGCGAUACUUCAGUAUAGAGGCAACUACACCCCACCAGCUUCUCCUUCCCUUCCCACUACGCUUCCCACUUUUUACCAAUUAGAUGCUGGAUAUAACUUCACCAGCAAGCUCAGGAGCUUAGCAAGCCCAGAACACCCAGCAAAUGUGCCCCAAAAUGUAACUACCAGAAUGUUCAUAACAGCUUCAAUUAAUCUGGUCAGCUAUACAUUUGAGGGAAUUAUAGUCCCCCAUAUUGCUUCCACCUUGAACAACAUAAGUUUCAUGGAUCCCAGUUCUAGUAUAUUGGAUGCCUACUACAGGCACAUAAGUGGGGUUUACACCACAGAUUUUCCAGACGACCCGCCUUCCUUUUUUGACUUCACUGGUGUGGACGAUUUGCCUUCUGCCAUAACGAAGCCAGCAACCAAGGUGAAGGUGCUGAAUUACAAUGAAACAUUGGAGAUUGUAUUCCAGGGAACAAAUUUGCUAACUUCAGCUGAAGAUCAUCCAGUUCAUCUGCAUGGAUUUACCUUUUUUGUGGUUGGCAUGGGUUUUGGAAAUUUCGACCCUGUGGCUGAUCCUAAAGGCUAUAACUUGGUUGAUCCACCUGAACAAAACACGGUUAGAGUUCCUAAGAAUGGGUGGGUUGCCAUCAGACUUAGAGUCGACAAUCCAGGUGUGUGGCUAUGGCAUUGUCAUUUGGAUCGGCAUUUCACAUGGGGUAUGGCCACUGUUUUCAUAGUGAAGGAUGGUGGCACACCAGAAACUAGUCUCCUUCCACCUCCUGAUUACAUGCCUCCCUGCACAACUCCAUCCCCUAUUCGCCUUGAAGAUUUCAAUGAUGCAGAUGGAGUAGUCAACACUAUAAGUAAGAUUUGAUCCAAGUAUACCAUAUCAAUUCCAAGCCACAUCUAUUAAGAUGAUCUUAACUGUAAAAAUAAAAGUCCUGUUAGUUAGACAGCUGCUUUUGUAUUUUUCUAAGAGGAUGAGCUGGAGUUAGUUACAGAUUAUUUACAGCACUCUUUUUGCCCGCCUCCUAUUUCUCUGUAUGAUGAACGAGAAUAAAUGAGCACUCUGUUUCUUCUUCUCUUC